UGUCAGUUGAACAAUAAUAUUAGUAGAAAAAUGUCGUGUUAGUUAGAUUUACUUUAAUGCAUCACCCAUUUAAACUAGUCAGUUUAUUAUUAAUUAAAUAAUUAGAAUAAAAACGACUCGAAAAGUGAAGUGAAACAAUGCUUGUGUGUAAAUUGGUGUUUGUUUUAUCUGUGGCCAUAUCUCCUGCCGUGAGCUCUGUGGCUAGAGAAAGAUUCAGCUUAUGCAGAGUAGACGAGUUCUCCUGUUCGGACGGGACAUGCAUCAGUACUGACUCGGCAUGUGACGGCGUGGUAGACUGCUCCAGCGGAGACGAUGAAAAAGGAUGCUUGUUUGGAGUACCUGCAUUGUCAGAGGAUCCAGUGCUCCACAGAAGUAGAAGACAAGCUACUGGUUGUCGUAAGGACCAAUGGAGAUGCAGGGAUGGAAGUUGCAUCUCUUUCGAUGGGAUGUGUGAUGGUAUGGUAGACUGUCCAGAUGGCAGCGAUGAGACCCACGCCCUCUGUCGGAAAACUAAAUGCCAACCGAAUUGGUUCCGGUGCACGUACGGCGCGUGCGUGGACGGCACGGCGCCGUGCAAUAACAAGAUGGAGUGUGCGGACAACUCGGAUGAACUGCUGCCCCGGUGCAGGAAUGAAACGGACGAGACCAGAGGUCUAUUCCGCUGUGACAAUGGCCAGACCAUCCCAUCAUCGAGCCACUGUGAUGGCACUCCGGACUGCCCCAAUGGUUCGGAUGAAACGGUUCGCGCAUGCGCGGCAAAGGUGUGUCCUUCGUACCUUUUCCAAUGCGCAUACGGCGCUUGCGUCGACCAGGGAGCUGAUUGUAAUGGGGUAAGAGAAUGCGCCGAUGGUUCAGAUGAAGCUGAUGAGUUAUGCAACAAACAGCUGCCGAGCAACCCGACUGUGACUACCAGACCGAUAUCGUCGGGCAAAUGCGUACUGCCACCAUAUCCAGACCACGGCACGUAUGUGGUGGCCAACGCUCCUUACGCCGUACCUGGACAGGGAUUCCAAGCUCUACAGCUCAACGUCACUUGCCGUCCAGGUUACGGUGUUCCUGGGACAGACGUCGUCUUCUGUCAGGAUGGGACAUGGUCUAAUGAUAUACCGAAGUGUGUUCGUUUCUGCAAACUGGACCCACAUCCAUCAGUGCACUACCACUGCCUAGUCUCCGGCAGCGAAGGCCUCGAAGGGCAACGCAAAUGCAACACCUACGAACCAACUGGAACAGUCAUCAGACCAGAAUGCAACAGCCCAAACUACUACUCAACAGGCAUCCUCCCACCGAUGAGAUGCAUCGAUGGUAGUUGGAACUACGUUGCCAUAUGCGCACCAGAAUGUGGCCGAGUGACUCCUGAGGGAGUGGACCUCAUCAUCGACGGUAGAAUAGCCAAGCGAGGUGAACUGCCCUGGCAUGUUGGCAUAUACAGAAAGACAACAAAUCCAUAUAUGCAGAUCUGUGGAGGAUCUCUCGUCACGAAUAGAAUUGUUAUUUCUGCUGCACAUUGCUUCUGGGAUGACGUCAGUAAGCUGCAACCAGCGAGUAUGUAUGCGGUCGCUAUCGGCAAGAUCUACCGACCAUGGGCCAAUCCUAAAGACACUGAUGCUCAAAAAUCUGAUGUCAAAGAAAUCAAGAUCCCCGCUAGAUUCCAAGGCAGUGCGGCGAAUUUCCAAGAUGACAUAGCAAUACUUGUUCUGGAAACUGCCUUCGUGUAUCAGACCUAUGUUCGACCCGUGUGUUUGGACUUCGACGUAAAUUUCGACAGAAGACAACUGCAGCCUAACAAGCUUGGAAAGGUAGCCGGUUGGGGUUUGACCUCCGAAAAUGGACAAGCCUCUCAGAUCCUGAAGGUUGUGGAGUUACCGUACGUGGAUAUAGAACAAUGCAUCAAUCGAUCACCACCAGGCUUCAGGGAAUACAUCACGAGCGAUAAAAUUUGUGCGGGUUUUGGAAACGGAACGGCGUUAUGCAAAGGCGACAGUGGAGGUGGACUGGCGUUCCCGGAGUCAGACCGAGGAAUUGACCGUUACUACCUCCGCGGAAUAGUAUCAACUGCAGCUAACAACGAAAACCUAUGUAACAGUUAUACAUUAACUUCAUUCACACAGAUCAUAAAACAUGAGCAUUUUAUUAAAGAAUAUCUUUAACUAGUUACUUGGCGCGGUUUUACCCGCUAUGCUAGGCUCGUGGUGUGAUGUUUUAUAGCCUAUAGCAUUCCUCGAUAAAUGUAGUAUCCAACACAAAAAGAAUUAUUCAAAUUGGACCAGUAGUUCCGGAGAUUAGCGCGUUCAAACAAACUCUUCAGCUUUAUAUAAGGUGUUCUAAAAGUAUCUGCCACGGCUUUAAUGGGAAGUAGUGUUGUGUUUGAAGAUUACAGUGCCGAGGCAUCGUGCUUAUUUGUGAACCACUUUAUGCAGAGUAGAGUCAAUGUUUAUUUUACUUCUUUAUGUUCUCAAAUUGAAUUAACUGGUCCGGUGUACGAAAUUUCUUCACUAUUGUAAUCUUUAAACACAACACUACCUCCCAUUAAAGCCGUGGCAGAUACUUUUAGAACACUACAUAAAUGCGUACGUAAUUUAUUAAUUUACGUAAUUUUAACUUUCGCCAUGAAGUUUCAAAGUCAUGCUAUUUUUUGAUGAUUUGAUUAUGAAUUUGAUUUUUUGUUUACAAAUGAUUAUGAAUAAAUUAUGCUGAUUAAGCUGAUGCCCCAUAAAUAACUGAUAUUCCAAGUAGGAAUCGGAAGCUUUUGAGUUUUUUGAGUGUAAUAGCAUGAAUUUUGUGCCGAUUUUUGGCAUUAGAGUGCUUUUUCACCAGAGUUGUGCUAUGCUAUGUUGCUGUGGAUGCGUUUGGCUUUCACUAAUCAUAUUCAUUGGUACACAUAGCUUAGCAUUGGUGGAAACUUAGUUAAGCUAUGUUUUCUGUAUGGAAAGAUGCGUGCUAUGGAUUGCUUCGAUACAUCGCAUACUCGACAAAGGUCCUUGGAUCGCGUAUUCUUAUUCUUUUACUUGGAUCGCGUGUUUCAACUUGAUAAAUAAUUUGGAACGCGCGAUCCAAUAUGACGUUCUUGACUGCAUACUUUGGCAGUUAGGAACGCAAGCUUAAGCUUGUCAGUUAUCCGGAGCUGCGGACAACGUAAACGGCUACCGGGGCUCCGGCUCAAAUCAGAAGUAAGAACGGGGUGGUUUUUAGUUAAUAAGAGUCUGACACUCUCGCUUCGCUUCGUCCAAGGCGGGAGAAGUCAUUGUAUGAUUAUCCCCCUCAAAAAAAGCUUCACGAUUAAGAACGCGCGAUCCAUAUUAGGUGAUUCUAUUGUAAGUUCUAAUAUAAGCAUUUAUUUUCUAUAUAAUUCUAGCAAACGCGGCAAACUCCCCUGUUCUCCCUGUUUUCCUGCUUUUCUUUUGAUUUUUUCCUGAAUUUUCUUUGCUAUAAACCUCAUGGAACCCGAGACCUUUCCAACGAAUGCAAAACCAUGGAAAUCGGUUCGUGCGUUCUGGAGUUAUAGCGUCAGGAAGGAAAACCCGACUUAUUUUUAUAUAAUAGAUUAAGUUCAGGGGCCUUAGUCUGCUAUUACAAUUGUGUCAGAAUGGUCGAUCAUUGGACAGUGCAAGAGGGAUGGAGCUAUACAACCUACAUAGCUCCGUCCCUCUCCGAUGAUAAUAGCAGACUAAGGCCUCAGAUCGCUGUAUCGCGCGGUCUAUUUAUGGAUGUUUAUGAAUAACGCAACGUACGAAUUUGACUAGUGUAAUGUGUCACUAUGUUGGGAGCCAGUUUAAAAGGCAACUUCCAGACUCAGUGGUGGUUUAAAUGAAGCGACACUUUACAGUCAAAUCACUUUUAAUGUCUAUUUACAUAAUUUUCCGAACACGAGACUUACAAACUAUACAAAGAAACUUGUUACACAAAAUGGCGGAAUCGAAAGUUCUAGAUUAUAAGAUGGCGUGAUAUAGAGCCGCGGAGGAUUUCUCGACACGUCCGUACGCGUCGGUGGUCGGGGCGCUCUCUCUCUCACCGCUCGCAAUGGCUGCGCUGGCGCGCGACGUUGCGGCGGUCGGGAGGAGUGGUCGUUCACGCGCUCUCAUUGGGCGACCGCGUGACGUUGCAACCACAGAGUAGUCACACCAUAGACUACGCUACCUAAUUUUUUAAUUCCCCGCGCUACACUAGUAGGAAACUAGCCUAUUGAUCGUGUGGCAUGACAAUAAUAUUUCUGCUAUUUUUGUAUACUUAAAUUAGAAAAAUAUAUUUUUAUAUUGUUAUAUACUCAUUUUUGUAUUUUUUAUAAAUAUGUUUGUAGAACAAAAUUUAAAUUGAACAAUUAAUAUAAGGUGUUCUAAAUGUCUAAAUAAUCUUACGGAGGCGCGGUGUAGAUACUGAGACUAAAAUCAAUUGAAAAUCAACCUUAAUUACUAUAGCAUAUAGAUGAAAAUGGUAUAACAAAGAAGCUUGACAAUGCACAGCACGCCUCUCACUAAAAUCGAUCUUUGGCAUGCGAUUUUCAUCUGUAUGUCGUAGUAAUUAAGGUUUAUUUUUAAUUGAUUUAUUGUCAGUAUCUUCUCUCUCUGUCAUAUGAGUAUGGAAUAAAUGACAAUGCCAGAAUAUCUAUAGAGCUUUGCCCCACCAAAAAAUAUAUUGUACAGGCAUACCAAAUGUAGCAUUCUAUUGCUGCUCUAUUAGUGAUAACUAAAUACAGGAUUAAAAGCCUUUAGAGCUUGCGGUUUCUAUAUAAAUCUAAGAACAAAAUAUUACAUUUAGGUUAGGUACCAGUUUAGAUUAAAUGCAGUUAUAAUGGUAGAAAUAAUUAAAUUAAGUGCUUUAUAUUAUUACAAUGCUAUCAUAUAGGGUGUUUAGCUAUGAAAGGAAGGAAUGUCAUCACCAAUAUCACCUUUAGUAAUCCUACUUUUCAUUCAUAGCCAUAACGAAACAACAAUGUAAACAGAACAGACAGAGCGAAUGUCAAAUAAUGACUUUUUGGACAUAACUGACACAAGCACGCCAAUGACGUUUCGUUACACCUGAUCACUUACGUUCAAAUACGAAAUAAUAAUUAGAAUAAGCAUUCAUUAUAAUAUAUAUUAUAAAAAUAAAUAAAUUAACUAACAGUAUGUAUUUAUACCAAAUUCAUAUUAAAAUCCGUACACAUUACAUUAAUAAAUCUUAUUUUUAUUGAAUGACUCGUUUUGUUCCUUGUGCAAGCGUACUAAGAAACGCAGAUAGUCGCGAUAAAUACAGGAAAUAGGCCUUGGAUUUUUUAGAUUCUUUUUAUUUCCUAAUUUUUAUCCGCAACCUUAUUAGAAUAAUAAUUAAGUAACCAGGGGUCUUAUUUUCAUUGCAUAAUAUUGAUUAAUUUACAUUUCUUGUACAUUGAUGAAAUUAAGUGGGGCAGGAUCUGGCAUUGUCAUUUAGGUAAUGUUUGUUUUUUUUUGAAAUGCCAAUUUUUUUAAACUAAGUAAAGUACUUAAUGGUUGUGAAAUUGUAAAUUAAAUUAAAUUUUUUGAUACUUGAUCGUAUUUUUAAA